UCUUGUAAUAAGGAAACAACAACAAAAAGAGCUAAAAGAGAAAGAUCAAUUUAAAGGAAAGGAAAGACUCUUUCAAGUUCAAAGUGACAUUUUGAGAAUACCCUCUUUGCAAAAAUCCAAUAUUGGAGUCUUACUAGUUUUUAUAUAGCUUCCACAUACACACGCACUAUACCUAUAUAUAUAUAUACAGAGAGAGAGAGAGAGAAAGGAGAGGAUCGUGAGCGUGUGCGAGUAGAUAUGGGUAGACCACCUUGUUGUGAGAAGAUGGAGGUGAAGAAAGGACCAUGGACUCCGGAAGAGGACAUAAUCUUGGUCUCUUAUAUCCAACAACAUGGCCCUGGAAGCUGGAGAUGUGUUCCUAGAAACACCGGUUUGCUAAGGUGUAGCAAGAGUUGUAGACUUCGAUGGACUAAUUACCUUCGUCCCGGGAUCAAACGAGGAAAUUUCACUGAACAUGAAGAGAAAACUAUCAUCCACCUCCAAGCUCUUUUGGGUAACAGAUGGGCAGCAAUAGCAUCAUAUUUACCACAGAGGACCGACAACGAUAUCAAGAGCUAUUGGAACACUCAUCUCAAAAAGAAACUCAAUCUGCAGCGUCAAAAUGGUAACACCAACGACGAAAAUACCAAUAUGACAGAGAUGUCAUCUUGUGAUAACAACAACUACAACAACAGGAGAAGCGUCAACAAAGGCCAAUGGGAGAAAAAACUUCAAACAGACAUCAACAUGGCCAAACAAGCCUUGUUCCAAGCCUUAUCACUUGACCAAGCAUAUUCACCGAUCACUCCCGUUCCCGACUCACCAAAGCCUCACGAUCAUCAUUCUACCACCGCUAUUUAUGCCUCAAGCACAGAUAACAUCUCUAAGUUACUACAGAACUGGACAAGCUCGUCCUCUUUAAUACCUAUCACUUCAUCACUCUCCAACAACCGGAGCUCAAGCACUGGUGAAGGAGUUCUUGAUCAUCACUCUUUGUUAUCAUCUAACUCGGAAUCUGGAUCAGUUGAUGAGAGGUUGAAUUUGAUGACAGAGACAAGUACAUUCAAAGGUGAGAGCAAAUCAAACGUUGACAUGGAAGCAACCACUAAUGCUACUGAUAAUCAUGGCACGUUGUCUUUGAUCGAGCAGUGGUUGUUUGAUGACCAGGGAUUGGUUCAGUGUGAUGACGAUCAAGAAGAUUAAUUGAUGCGUCGUUAGAGGGUAAAAAUAAUGGCAACAACUGUCAAGACUUUUCCUAAAACAACGUGGAGCAGUU